GUGAACAGGGUUCUGUCAUUGUGGUGAUUUGCGGUGGGAGAAGCCGUAAAACACCCUUUUCUCGAGCGUUUAGCUGCAGGAGCGGACUCGUGUAAGGAAGUGGAAACAGAUAAUGUUUCCUUUGAUCCCGCGUCCGGUCAGACCGGUGCAGACACCGGGAUCCGUCUUGUGGAGAUGCGGAGAAUAAUUUGCCACAGAUUCCUCUGCAUAGUGGAGGCACUAUCACAGACCACGUGAGAGGAAUAUUCAAUGACGGUCCCCGACAGACCGGUUCAUCUCUGCUGGCGCUCCUCUGCUGGCUGACAUGGACUCCUGGACGCUGUAUACUCUCAGCUUUUCAGAAACAGCCGAGGAGGGAGGGCGAUACUCUGUCUGAAUGUAACCUUUGGUCGUUUGCCGUUUUUUCUUCUUUUUCAGUUCUUUUUGUUUGUUUGUUUGUUUCUUUCUUUCUUCUUCUUUUCUUCUCUCCAGCGGUUAGAGGGAGUAUGGCUUGGCCGUGCAUCAGCAGAGUGUGCUGCCUGGCCCGCUUUUGGAAUCAGUUCGAUAAAUCGGACCUGUCCGUCCCGCUCACCAUCCAGAACUACUCGGACAUCGCCGAGCAGGAGGUGCGGUCCGUCACCAAGCAGGUCUCCGCUUCGGAGCGCGCACCCGGCAAUAACUACACAUCAACUCCGGACCUGCGCGCCAAAGGCUCCCCUCAGGCGCCCGCAGAUAGCACGGGGACCCGGGGAUCUUUCAGGUCACGGAAGGAGCCCAGUUACAAGCCCCGGGAAGACUACCACCCGCCGGGAGUACCUUUCCCCAGUGUCACCCAGUACAAGCAGGAUUUCAAACCCUGGCCCAUCCCCAGGAAGGAGAAUUUCCCUUGGAUUAGUAACGGGGGGAGCAAAGCGGACAAUGUUUCGGACAGCCCGGUGAAUACUUACCACGUCCAGGGUCAGCCUGGGGAGAGCCGGGGGGAGAGAGAGGAACGGGGCAAGGGGCAGAGAUGGGGGGAGCAGCAGGUGAUGGAGGAGAGCAAAACCAGCUCCUACAGGCAAGAGUACAGGCCUUGGACAGGGGUGAGACCAGCCAAAAGUGCAAGGAAAAAUCCUCCAGCUCAGUACUCCAGCCCUGGGACAGAAGCUGUUCACAUCCCACGUGAGACCAGCUACCAGGCUGCCUACAGCGGGGAGGUCAGCAGGUCCAUAGGUCUGCAUCAAGGAGAGCACGUGAUCCCAUCCGCUGCUUCCAACAUCCAUCCUACCCCUGUCCCCCAGCCCGCCCCCACUGCCCUGCAAGCCUACAGAUCGCAGAGCCCUUGCAGCCUCCAGCAGAGCAUCCUGCCCGAGAAGACCGAGCUCAGUGGAACAAUCAAAGGAGAGGAACAUCUGGUGAGGACCAAACUCCCUCCAAACCCUUCUGCUGUCUUUCAAAGCGGAUCUUCGAGGGUCUUCAACAUCUGACAGCCUCUGCCAUUUCCAGCCAUUCCGCUUUGAGGAGUCGACACGGGGAAUGUUCUCACUUCAUUCCACAACACGAGAAUCUAUGCAAGGGAAUGUAUUGUAGUGAAGCCCGUGGAGCUGCAGCCUCAGUGUCCCAAGUUGAGAUAAAUACAUAGACACCCCC